AGCCCGAUCUUCAAGAUUGGCCCCUCAGACUCUCAACGUCGGAAUCCCCAGCUGUCAACCAUGGAUUUUGCCGUGGUGCAGGUCACGGGCCCGAUCAAGAAGAUGAUCGCUGACUACGACCCUUCGGCUGACGACCCUUCGAAAGGGCAGAUGAAGGCCAAAGCUGAUCAGAUAUGCGAGAUGCUGUACCACGCCGAGCUUGGAUAUUUUGAGCGCAUCAAGUCUCAGCAUUCCGUCGUGGACUGUUGCAAUCGGUGGGGCAUGGGCGUGGACCCAGUUGACGUCCAUUCUCUCCUGUCCAGGAUCAUCCACCAGGGCUGGAGCGACAAUGAGCUCGAGACUCCCAGGUGCUUCGAGAUCAUCCCGAGCAAGGCCGACGAGGUGUUCACCUUCAACCAGAAGUUGUGGAGCGCCUCCGCUGGCCAGCUCGCGCCCGUGGUCAAGCACGACAUGAGGAUUUCUACGGUGACGUGCUCGCACACCGCCGCUGGCCAGAAGGCGGUGCUGGCGGGCUGCGCGUCGAACGACUCCGCCCUGAGCACCGAUGGCGCACUGUGCAGGGCGAAGGUUGCCGCGUUGAGCCCCUCGUACGACAAGUCGUUGUCCACUGGGAUCCCUUGGUUCGUGAUCCGACACCAGGUCGCAUCUGCCAUCCCCGAGCUGCCCGACUUCUUGAGCGAGGCUGGUAACAUCGGCCAUGGCAAUCAUAGGAAGCAGACACACGUGCAGGCGAUGCUCGCCGUGCACUCAAAGGCAAUGAAGAACAUGGCAGUGCAUGGCGACUACAAGCUCGACGCGAUUGCGCGAUCCGUGGAGGCCCAGAUGACGCACAUGGAGGGGCAGAUCCGCGACAUUGGCGAGUUCGUGAUCCAGUGGGGGGGCGGCUCCACGCCCAUCAACCUCGAGUGCAUCGAGGAGUAUUCGAAGGUGCUCUCCUUCAGGCGCGAGCUGCCCAACGCGCUGAUUCGUGGGCUCGCUACGCUGCAGUUCACUCAAUGCCCUGACUACGUCGUAGCCGUCGUCAAGGCGUCCCUGAGCGCCCCUGACAACUUCUGCAAGGGGUCCGUGGCCAAGCUGUUCAACACGUCCGACAUCAGCAACAUCAGCAGGAAGAGGGCGGAGACGCUGGCUGCCCAAGAGAAGAUGGUCGCAGCAAAGCAGUGGCUCAGGCAGUUCCGCGGUGAUGGCACGAGUGCUGGCGACGCGGCCAGGCUUUAUGGCAACUUCCAGGUGCGGCUGGUGAUGUGCCUGCAUUCCAAGAGGGCGCCGCACCGCGAGCGCUUCGACGACACCAAGGCGGUGUGCCAGAAGCUUCUGCAGGAGACCUUCGCGAAGUUCCCUCAGGCUCGCGAGUCGCAGUUGCCGUGGGACCUGGAGUCUGGCGGGUCUGACGGGCCGCCCAGCGGCGUGAUGAGGGAGUUCGGCAUCGGUGGUCUCACCAUUGGCGCUCUGAAGGACGCUGGCAUGGUGGUCGGCACCCUGAUCAGGCUCAAGGUGCCAGACGACCCCAACAACAAGCAGCACUGGAAGAUCACGGGGAUCGCUGACGGCAAGAUCGAGCUCGAGCUGCACGGCGAGGUGGACGCGCCCAAGGGCAAGGGCAGGGGCAAGGGCAGGGGCAAGGGCAAGCAGACGACGGAGACCGUGAAGCUCGAGCCAGCCAAGCUGAUGGACGACUACGAGGUUGCGCCCCAGGACUUCAGCUUCACGCUCGCGUCCUCCGACCACGUGGCCACGGACCCCCAUCGACAACACGGAGUUCAAGCAGCGCGUGUGCGUCGCCAACGUCAUGGCGGGGCUCAGGCACCUGCAUGCCCUCCUUGCCCCCACCGUCGCGCUGACCUUUAAGGGCGUCUCUAAGCCGAAGCCGUCGGUGUCUGAGGUGCUAGCUGGUAAAGACUACAGCCGUGGCUCUCUUUUCCUAGUGGCCCUCUCGCCCAUCGUGUCGGCGGGUUCGAAGGUACCGCCAUCGGCAGUGGAGGUCCCUGCUGUUCCUGAUCUCCCGAGUGGUUCGAUGGUUUAUGUUGCGCCUAAGGUGGUUUUGCCUGGCACAGAUGCAGCGAAGGGCCCUUUCCUUGUGCCCUUUUGGCUGGUGCCCCGCACGCCAGACCCGACAAAAGCGAACGUGCAGGUAACUUAUAUGAAAUGCACCGUGGUCUCUUCCUGCCAGGAGAGGGUGGGCAAGAGCUCGUCGGUGUCUUUGCUCCUUCCUUGCCUCAUGAACCACAAGGCCCUCAAGUCGGGGGACCCUCUCCUUCGCGCUGCGGAGGACGAGUGGCCGACCAUCCCUAGUGCAGCCACGGGGGCGGACGAGGCGCCCAUCAAGAGGGCCUUGCAUGGUCAGGGCUCGGGGCCUUCCAAGGCCGCGAAGGGCUCUUAAGCCAUUCGUGCCCUCACCUCUACCCCUACAUCCAGACUCCCCUCUUUACCCCUGCCCCUAAGUACUUUCAUCCCGACUCCUCCCGUCAGCCGCCAUCUAGUUUAAUUUUGGACCGAGGGGUUGGUCGUGCCGUCCGCGGCUGCAUUUGUUUGCACGCCGCGAUCUUCCGCUACCUGGCACGUCGACCAAUGCGACGCCGAUGUUUCGAAUGGAUCGCGGUACCGCUGGGGGGGGGGGG